CAGAACGAGGAGAGACAGCAGGGCCCAGGGCACCCUCGGCGGGCGGGCGGACCCAGGCAGUGAGGGCCUGUGGCCUGCCGGCCAGGGCAGCGGCGUGGCGGCGGGCGCGGCGGGGACCUGCGCGAGGAAGCCCUGAGCCCUCGGCGGGCUGCGAGCGACUCCCCGGCGAUGCCGCACAACUCCAUCAGAUCCGGCCAUGGAGGGCUGAACCAGCUGGGAGGGGCCUUUGUGAACGGCAGACCUCUGCCUGAAGUGGUACGUCAACGCAUCGUGGACCUGGCCCACCAGGGCGUGAGGCCCUGUGACAUCUCCCGCCAGCUCCGAGUCAGCCAUGGCUGUGUCAGCAAGAUCCUUGGCAGGUACUACGAGACUGGAAGCAUCCGGCCUGGAGUGAUAGGGGGCUCUAAGCCUAAGGUGGCCACCCCCAAGGUGGUGGAGAAGAUUGGAGACUACAAACGGCAGAACCCUACCAUGUUUGCCUGGGAGAUCCGAGACCGGCUCCUGGCUGAGGGUGUCUGUGACAACGACACUGUGCCCAGUGUCAGCUCUAUCAACAGAAUCAUCCGGACCAAAGUGCAGCAACCGUUCAACCUCCCCAUGGACAGCUGUGUGGCCACCAAGUCCCUGAGCCCAGGACACACGCUGAUCCCCAGUUCAGCUGUCACGCCCCCAGAGUCACCCCAGUCAGACUCCCUGGGAUCCACCUACUCCAUCAACGGGCUCCUGGGGAUUGCUCAGCCCGGCAGCGACAGCAAGAGGAAGAUGGAUGACAGUGACCAGGACAGCUGCCGGCUGAGCAUCGACUCCCAGAGCAGCAGCAGCGGGCCCCGCAAGCACCUUCGCACGGACGCCUUCAGCCAACACCACCUUGAGCCACUCGAGUGCCCAUUCGAGCGGCAGCACUACCCGGAGGCCUAUGCCUCCCCCAGCCACACCAAAGGCGAGCAGGGCCUCUACCCGCUGCCCCUGCUCAACAGCGCCGCCCUGGACGACGGCAAGGCCACCCUGACCCCUUCCAAUACACCCCUGGGGCGCAACCUCUCGACUCACCAGACCUACCCCGUGGUGGCAGAUCCUCAUUCACCCUUCGCCAUAAAGCAGGAAACCCCCGAGGUGUCCAGUUCUAGCUCCACCCCUUCCUCUUUAUCUAGCUCCGCCUUUUUGGAUCUGCAGCAAGUCGGCGGCGCCGGGGUCCCAGCCGGUGCCUCGGUCCCGCCCUUCAAUGCCUUUCCCCAUGCUGCCUCCGUGUACGGGCAGUUCACGGGCCAGGCCCUCCUCUCAGGGAGAGAGAUGGUGGGACCCACACUGCCCGGAUACCCACCCCACAUCCCCACCAGUGGACAGGGCAGCUAUGCCUCUUCUGCCAUCGCAGGCAUGGUGGCAGGAAGCGAAUACUCUGGCAAUGCCUACGGCCACACCCCCUACUCCUCCUACGGCGAGGCCUGGCGUUUCCCCAACUCCAGCUUGCUGAGUUCCCCAUAUUAUUACAGUUCCACAUCAAGGCCAAGUGCGCCACCCACCACCGCCACGGCCUUUGACCAUCUGUAG